AUGUACAAAGCUUCUAUCAACAAUACGAAGGAUGGUGGAGAAUUCACCUCUGAUUUAAAAGAGCCAUUACUUCAAGGGGGUUAAGGAUAGAAAAAUGAUAUGGAAAAAGCAAGGAAACAAGAUUCCUCUGAACAUGAAAAUCUAGAGACAUGGCAUGUACUUAAAAAGAUUUCCCAACUCUCGAUAUUCCCAAUAAUUGGAAUGAUUUUCCAUCCAGCUUACAGCAUUUUCAAUGCUAUUGUUCUUGGAUAAAAUGAGGAUGGUAGAAUUCUGGCAUCACUUGGGUUGGGUAGUUUGACACUUGGAAUAGUGCUUCUAUCAAUCGGUUCAUCUUUUAAUUCUUGCCUAGACACUUUGAUAUCACAGGCUUUUGGACAGAAAGAUCAUAGACUCUGUAUUUUGUAUUUAAACAGACAGUUUUACCUCUCGACUAUGGUAUUCUUGCCACUUGCUAUAAUCGUAUAUCAAUGUGAGACCUUCUAUGUCUAUCUGGGUUAAGAUCCCUUCGUUGCAAAGAAUGCUUCCACUUAUGUGCUGUUCAAUAUUCCAGGUAUUUUAUUCGCAACAUAUGGAAGUUGCUACAGCAGAUACUUCUCUGGAAAUAGAUACACAAAAGCAGAUAUGUUUUCUAAAAUUGGAGCAAGUCUAGUUCAUUUUGGAUUAUGCUAUUAUCUGGCAGUAAAAAGAGAUAUGGGGAUGUUUGGUGUCGCUGUUUCUACUAGCUUCCAUUUCUUUUGCCGCUUCCUUAUCUUAUUCUUAUUCUUUAAGUUGAAAUCAUAGUUUAAUAGCUAAAAUGUAUCUCUCUUCCAUCGAGAGAACUUUAGAAACUUGGGACAUUAAAUUAAACUUAGUUUCUAAUGCGCAUCUUUUAGCAUAUGGUCAUGGUGGGCUUUUGAUAUCUUCACUCUGAUUGCCAGUUAUAUGUCAGUGUCUGAACUUGCUGCACAAACAAUCUUGAGAAAUAUUGGGCUUUUAACUUAUAUGAUUCCUGUUGGAAUCGCAUAGGCUUCAAGCAUAACAGUUGGCAAUAAUAUAGGUUCAAAGAACAUUCAAACUGGUAUGGUUUAUGCAAAGAUGUGCGUUCUAACAAGCGUCAUCUGGGCUGCUGGUACAGUUAUUUUCCUGAAUGCAAUGUAAGGUACUGUAAUUAGUGUGUUUAGUAAUUCCAGCGAGGUAAACUCUAUUCUGGCUAAAUCAUUCCCAAUAAUAUCAGUAUUCGUGUUCUUUGAUUGCGUUUAAGGGGUAGGAUAAGGAAUUAUAAGAGGGCUUGGAAAAUAAGGAAGAGCAUCAAUUAUAACAAUUAUUGGAUAUUGGGGUAUUGGUAUCCCAACUUCACUUUUAUGUGUAUUCUAUUUAGAUUGGGGUAUUGUAGGUCUUUGGGUAGGCCCAUCUCUUGCCAUUAUUUUCAAUUUCAUCUUCUACUACAUCAUUAUAAUCAAAGCUGAUUGGUUCACUAUUGCUUUAGAGGCAGAGUAGCGUAGAUUUAGAGAGAAAAAUCAAUGA